CACCUUUCCAUCACCAUGGGAGAAUGGACCAUCUUGGAGAGGCUGCUCGAGGCGGCUGUCCAGCAGCACUCUACCAUGAUUGGGAGGUGGCCAGAAAAAGGAGACCAAAGGGAUGUCCGUGUUGCUCUGUUUCUGCUGGAUAUGAUCCUGCUGACAGUGGUGGUGAUUUUCCGUAUCCUGAUAGUAGGCAUAGUGGGAGAGAAGGUUUAUGAGGAUGAGCAAAUCAUGUUCAUCUGUAACACCAUGCAGCCUGGCUGCAACCAGGCUUGUUAUGACAAGGCCUUCCCAAUCUCGCACAUCCGCUACUGGGUCUUUCAGAUCAUCUUGGUGUGCACGCCCAGCCUGUGCUUCAUCACGUAUUCUGUUCACCAGUCUGCAAAACAACGUGACCGAAGCUACUCCCUCCUGCAUCCUUACAUGGAUCACCACGGUCACGGUGGUCACCACGGUCGCCAUCAUGACCAUCACGCACGCAAGCUUCACUCUCGCAACAUCAACGGCAUACUGGUGCACCCCGACAGCAGUAAAGAGGACCACGACUGCCUGGAGGUCAAGGAGAUCCCCAACGGUCCCCGGGGACUCCCUCAAACACACAAGAGUGCUAAAGUGCGACGGCAGGAAGGCAUCUCCCGGUUUUACGUCAUCCAGGUUGUGUUCCGCAAUGCGCUGGAGAUCGGCUUCUUGGCCGGCCAGUACUUCCUGUAUGGCUUCAAUGUGCCAGGAAUGUUUGAGUGUGAUCGCUACCCAUGUGUGAAGGAGGUGGAGUGUUACGUGUCUCGUCCCACAGAAAAGACCGUGUUUCUGGUCUUUAUGUUUGCAGUGAGCGGCAUAUGUGUGCUGCUCAACCUGGCUGAGCUCAACCACCUUGGCUGGAGGAAGAUAAAAACGGCCAUCCGAGGGGUGCAGGCCCGAAGAAAGUCCAUCUGUGAAGUGCGCAAGAAGGAUGUUUCACACCUGUCCCAGGCCCCAAACCUGGGCAGAACCCAGUCUAGCGAGUCAGCCUACACACAUUCCUUGUUUUUUCCAGAACAUAUACAUAUCAUACAUUUGUGUGCACAUACUCAAAAAGUAAAGAAAAGAAAGAGCAGGAGGAUUUUACUAUCAGCUAUAAACAUCUCCAUAUGUUAUCUGUUUCCUUUGAAAUUCAGAACUGUCACUGAAUUGUGUAACUCAGUGAUUCAGAGGAUCAGCAUGGCAAACAAAGGACCCGCCUAUGGCUUCAGCCGAGAGGUACAGAGUAAGAUUGAUAAAAAAUACGACCCGGAACUGGAGGAAAGGCUGGUGGAGUGGUUCAUCGCCCAGUGUGGCUCGGGAGUCAGCCGGCCUGAGGCAGGCAAGACCGGCUUCCAAAACUGGCUCAAGGAUGGAUGUCUGCUGUGCGAGCUCAUCAACAGCCUGUAUGGAGCCAACAAGCCCAUCAAGACCAUCAAGAGCUCCGGCAUGGCAUUUAAGCAGAUGGAGCAAAUCUCCAUGUUUCUCAAAGCUGCAGAAAGCUAUGGAGUCACCAAAACCGACAUGUUCCAGACCGUAGACCUCUUUGAAGGCAAGGACCUGGCUGCAGUCCAGAGGACCCUGAUGGCUCUGGGUAGUUUGGCCGUCACAAGGGAUGAUGGAAAUUACAAAGGAGACCCCAACUGGUUCCAUAAGAAGUCCCAAGAGAACAGGAGGGAUUUCUCAGAGGAGCAGCUGACCGAGGGCAGAAAUGUCAUCGGCCUGCAAAUGGGCACAAACAAAGGAGCAUCUCAAGCUGGCAUGACAGGAUACGGACGACCCAGACAGAUCCUGUAAUAAAUCCUUUGAACCCUGAAACCUCCCACCCCUCAGACUCUCCUCCUUCUACCCUCUGAAAGGCCAUUCAGCGAGGAUGAAGAAACUCUUACCUUGGCCAUGAGGAGAUAAGCGACCAGACUAUUUUUCAAGGCUUAACUGGACCAAAACGGGGACCAACGAGACCAUGCGCACAUAUGAAAACCACAACACACACUUCAUGUUGAGCACACUUUUGUUAAUACAGACUUUUAUCAGAUCAAGUAAAACAAUUAGAGCAUUUUACACAGUGCUUUUACAAUCAUUCCAGUGGUUUUGCAUGUUUUCAUCAUAUAUCAAAUGUGCUUUGUGUGACAGUUGACUAUUUUCCAAGGGAUUAGACUGAUUUAGAGCCCUCCACAUGUCUAGUAGUUUCACUUCAGACAGAGACUUGAAACUUGCUUGAAAAAAGUAAUCCAUCACAUUCAACCUUUAGUCUGCUUUACCUUUCAUUUUAAUGGUUACAUUAUUGCUGCAUGGUAAUGCAGCUCUGAGCAGGAAGACUUCUCAAGGCUCUACCUACUGGUGCGUUCAAGGAUCUGAGAUUUGAGAGUUUUUAAUAGAUGACACACCUCUCUCUUUCUCUCUUCUCACAAUGUAGCUAUCAAUUCUUGGAUGUCAGAGUGUCCUUGAAUGCGCCACUAAGAAGAGCUUUGAAAAUGCUCCCUGCUCACGACUGCAGUGCUCACACAGCUUUAAUUGAACUUUUAAAAUGAACGAUAAAGACUAAAUUGAACUAACUGCUCAAUGAGAUAGAUUACCCAUUUCAAAUAAGUUUUAUUGUUGAAUUGCCUGGUUUAUAAAAGGUUUAAGAAAAACAAACUACAGUCAUGUGUGUUGUACCUGCCUCAUAACCAAAGCUGCAGUUAGAUGCUCUCAGUUAACUCUUUCUAAUCAAGAUGUUGGACCUCCUUUUUGAGUUUGAUACAUAUAACAACAAUGAUUUUGAAAUAAAGUUUGAUUUAACUGUAAAGAAGCCUCUU